AUGAGCAUGACCAGUGGUACGGAGUCGCUUUUGGAGAAAGCUGACAUUGCUCUGGCAAUGAUUCGUGAUAUUGGUGCCGUUCCAGCUAAAGGGAGACAAUAUUCCAGUCCCGAUUGUUCUCUACGACGAACAUUAGCUCAGCUUGACUUGCCCAAUAUGCCUUGUAGUGAAUGUGAAAGCUCAACCAGUGACGAUCCAGGAAAUGCAGAACAGCAUCGUCAGGACGCCCUUCUCGUCGCAUCUCGUCGUCUCGAAUCCGAAUCAGAUCUUGUCGAUGUAACUUCCGGCGGUGAGCAGCCAUCAACGGAGUCACCCGAUCAGAUGCAGGAUGGUACUUCAGCUUUACCAGCGACGUCUUCACAGGCCAGGUGA